GAACCCUUCGCCCUCUCAGUUUCCGACUCUUCAUCAUCCUCUUAUCACCACCCACCCCCCACCGACGAGGCAUUGCGCAUGGUGGGGUCAAGAUGCCGCCUCGAUCGUCCCUAACGUCUUCGUUCUCAAUCACAGACUCCAACAACGAGGUUGUCUGUCCGCUGCGCAAUCAAGAUGGCUCCAGCUGUCGCAAGCGAUGCAUCGGUGAAAAGAGGUACCGCUCCAUGCAGGAGCAUAUUCGCCGAGCGCAUCCCGAGCACUACAUCUCAAAGCUCCCGGCCACCGAAGAGAGCUUCCUCCUCAUGAUCAAUACCCCGCCGUCGGAGCGCCGCCAUCCCGAUCCGACCUCAGCUCCUGCUGCUCAGGGUUUGUCCCACACUCAGCCAGUCUUGCCCCCGCCCGUUGACCACCUUCAAGGUUUUCACGAGCGUCACAACUAUCACCGAGAUGAGUCGAGCAAUCCGGGUACUCCCCGGCAUGUAGACGAUCUUGGUGGUGGCGGAGGCGCCCCUGCUGGUCCUAUGCUCGGCACUGCCAGUGCAGCUGCUGCUCUGGCAGAGCUCCAUGGCGUCAAGAAUGAACGAGAGGCGGACUUCGAUGGUGAAUACUACUCAGACCUGGAUGGACGGCGAAGGCCUCGAACGUCAAUUGAAUUGCCCCCUCUUAACUUAUCAAACCACGACAUAACUAGCGACCCGUACUCUUCCGCCAAGUCCAAUCGCCAGCGCGAUUUUCUCCCUUCCAUUCUGGCCAAUUCACCCCCAGGAAGGUCCUCAACGCUUCCACCCCUUCAGCGCCCGUUAGGACCCAAUCGACCUCGCAAGCAGUCUGUGACGAAGCGAGGAAGGGAAGCCCACCACAAGAAGAAGAACUCGCGUGGAUCCGCCACCGAGUGGCUCCGACGAAUUCAGAACGACGAACGAUACAGACCAGGUAAUGACCGGAAGGCUCUUUCAGCUGAACCCUCUGCAGACUUUGGGAAACGAUGGGAAGACCUCAUUGAUGCAGCCGACCAGGCCGCCUCGGCUGCCGGAGACAUUGACGAAGAUCGCACACCUGUCCCUCAAUCUCCAGUUUCAAUUCAUAGAGCUUCACUGCCACCGUUCUCUCAUCAAGUGCAGUUCCAGCCAGGGAAUUACCAAGCAUCUCCCCUCCAGCAGGCGCUGACACCGCCUUCGUACGGACAGGAUGGAAUUGAGCCAUUCCCCUCCGUGGAGAGCGGCGACAAUUUCCAUAUCGGAUCACGCGGGCUGUCCGACUCAUCACCUACGUACUCGGCGCAGACCAUCCAGAUCUACUGCGCUGCUUGCCAGGGGUUCUCCCUACUCAAAGAUUCUUAUGCAUGCACUGAAUGUAUUUGCGGACUCUGUCCUACUUGUGUUGAAGUUCUCAUGGCAGAGCAUGGAGCGCGAAGGAAGUGUCCCCGCUGUGCUACAAUUGGCGGGCGGUUCAAGCCUUUCCAGCUCGACAUCAGAUGAAGGCUCUUUGUUUGAGACUCACAUUUCUAUUUCUAUUCUUUUCUCUUAUGUCUUGGGGAUGACAUGGGACGACACAUUGAAUCGGCGCAAGAUAAAGUAUUAUGCGGCCUGACCUUCUUGCGUUUGGAGCAAGACAGCAAGCUUUAGCCUGACGGCAACUUUCAGUCCUUCUCUUACAAGGUCUUCUUCUUCUUUGCUUUUUUUGGGACAACUUUAUACGGGUUUUGGGUACAGGAGUUUUGAUUGAUACAGCAUAGGUUGGGAAUUGGGAGGGUCUCUUGG